AUGCAGCUGGAGCACUGCCUUUCUCCUUCUAUCAUGCUCUCCAAGAAAUUUCUCAAUGUGAGCAGCAGCUACCCACAUUCAGGCGGAUCUGAGCUUGUCUUGCACGAUCAUCCCAUUAUCUCGACCACUGACAACCUGGAGAGAAGUUCACCUUUGAAAAAAAUUACCAGGGGGAUGACGAAUCAGUCAGAUACAGACAAUUUUCCUGACUCCAAGGACUCACCAGGGGACGUCCAGAGAAGUAAACUCUCUCCUGUCUUGGACGGGGUCUCUGAGCUUCGUCACAGUUUCGAUGGCUCUGCUGCAGAUCGCUACCUCCUCUCUCAGUCCAGCCAGCCACAGUCUGCGGCCACUGCUCCCAGUGCCAUGUUCCCGUACCCCGGCCAGCACGGACCGGCGCACCCCGCCUUCUCCAUCGGCAGCCCCAGUCGCUACAUGGCCCACCACCCGGUCAUCACCAACGGAGCCUACAACAGCCUGCUCUCCAACUCCUCACCGCAGGGCUACCCCGCGGCUGGCUACCCCUACCCACAGCAGUACGGCCACUCCUACCAGGGAGCCCCGUUCUACCAGUUCUCCUCCACACAACCCGGGCUGGUGCCCGGGAAAGCGCAGGUGUACCUCUGCAACAGGCCCCUUUGGCUGAAAUUUCACCGGCACCAAACGGAGAUGAUCAUCACCAAACAGGGAAGGCGCAUGUUUCCUUUUUUAAGUUUUAACAUUUCUGGUCUCGAUCCCACGGCUCAUUACAAUAUUUUUGUGGAUGUGAUUUUGGCGGAUCCCAAUCACUGGAGGUUUCAAGGAGGCAAAUGGGUUCCUUGCGGCAAAGCGGACACCAAUGUGCAAGGAAAUCGAGUCUAUAUGCAUCCGGAUUCCCCCAACACGGGGGCUCACUGGAUGCGUCAAGAAAUCUCUUUUGGAAAAUUAAAACUUACAAACAACAAAGGAGCUUCAAACAACAAUGGGCAGAUGGUGGUUUUACAAUCCUUGCACAAGUACCAGCCCCGCCUGCAUGUGGUAGAAGUGAACGAGGACGGCACGGAGGACACCAGCCAGCCGGGCCGCGUGCAGACAUUCACUUUCCCUGAGACUCAGUUCAUCGCGGUCACCGCCUACCAGAAUACCGAUAUUACACAACUGAAAAUAGAUCACAACCCCUUUGCAAAAGGAUUUCGGGAUAAUUAUGACACGAUCUACACUGGCUGCGACAUGGACCGCCUGACCCCUUCGCCCAAUGACUCCCCGCGCUCACAGAUCGUGCCCGGGGCCCGCUACGCGAUGGCCGGCUCCUUCCUCCAGGACCAGUUCGUGAGCAACUACGCCAAGGCCCGCUUCCACCCGGGCGCGGGCGCGGGCCCCGGGCCGGGCACGGACCGCAGCGUGCCGCACACCAACGGGCUGCUGUCGCCACAGCAGGCCGAGGACCCGGGCGCGCCGUCGCCGCAGCGCUGGUUUGUGACGCCGGCCAACAACCGGCUGGACUUCGCCGCCUCGGCCUACGACACGGCCACGGACUUCGCGGGCAACGCGGCCACGCUGCUCUCGUACGCGGCGGCGGGCGUGAAGGCGCUGCCGCUGCAGGCGGCCGGCUGCACGGGCCGCCCGCUCGGCUACUACGCCGACCCGUCGGGCUGGGGCGCGCGCAGCCCCCCGCAGUACUGCGCCGCCAAGUCGGGCUCGGUGCUGCCCUGCUGGCCCAACAGCGCCGCGGCCGCCGCGCGCAUGGCCGGCGCCAACCCCUACCUGGGCGAGGAGGCCGAGGGCCUGGCCGCCGAGCGCUCGCCGCUGCCGCCCGGCGCCGCCGACGACGCCAAGCCCAAGGACCUGUCCGACUCCAGCUGGAUCGAGACCCCCUCCUCCAUCAAGUCCAUCGACUCGAGCGACUCGGGGAUUUACGAGCAGGCCAAGCGGAGGCGGAUCUCGCCCGCCGACACGCCCGUGUCCGAGAGCUCGUCUCCGCUCAAGAGCGAGGUGCUGGCCCAGCGGGACUGCGAGAAGAACUGCGCCAAGGACAUAGGCGGCUACUACGGCUUCUACUCGCACAGCUAG